GUGUCGAUCAUGAGUAAACGACGCCGAACGAGUUCGUUUCAAGAUGAUGAAGAUAGCGAUGACGAAGUCACUCCGGAGCAAAGCCCAGCCCCGAGCUCUAGCACAAGAAAGAAAAAAAAAUUAGAUCCGAUGGAGCUUUGCCAACAACUGUACGAAUCAAUUCGCAAUUUUAAAAAGGAGGAUGGCUCAACGCUGUGCGACACUUUCAUAAGAGCCCCGAAACGACGACAAGAACCUUCAUAUUACGAAGUAGUUGCGAAUCCGAUUGAUUUACUGCGUGUGCAACAGAAACUGAAGACAGAUUCUUAUGAAGAUGUCGACGACUUGGCCGCGGAUAUCGAACUGAUCGUAAACAAUGCCAAAGCCUUCUACAGGCCAGAUUCGUCAGAGUUUCAAGAUGCAUGCCAUCUUUUGGAUGUAUUCAAUACGAACAGAAAGCGGAUUGUGGACAAUCAGUUAGAAGAGGGCAGUUUGGAAAUUCGGCCGCGAAAAAUAACUCGUCCGCGUAAGUCCAUCACAGCAGACGAUGAUGGCUCGGAUGAAGGAGUAGAUUUUGAUCCCUAUGAGGAGCUGUUUGCUACGGUUAUGACAGCAACCGACCCGCAGGAUAAUCACGAACUGUACCCUAUGUUUCAGCUGUUACCGUCAAAAAAGUUAUAUCCUGGUUAUUACGACAUAAUCGAUCAUCCAAUUGACUUGAAGUUUAUUGCAACAAAAAUCCAAACGAGUGCUUAUUCGAGUCUCAACGAAAUGGAGAAAGAUCUUUUGCAAAUGACAAAGAACGCCUGCACUUUCAACGAGCCUGGUUCGCAAAUUUAUAAGGAUGCAAAAAUGCUGAAAAAAAAUUUCAUGGCUCGAAAGGCAGACAUUGAAUCGGGGCGUUAUAAAAGGCCCGCGUCGAAAAGAACACGGUCCACUUCAAGUGCUAUGAUUGCAGCCUUGAAGGAAGAAAUUGAAAGCUCCGAUGAUGAUUUAGACGAUUCGAUGGAAACAGAAGGGGAUGGUCCACUUUGGCAGUUGUUUGAUCAGCUCUAUAAUACGGCCAAUAGUAACGAUCCUAACGCUGUAGGUGCCCCAUUGGGUGAAUCAUUAUGGAAGCUGCCGAACAGGCGAUUUCAUCCGGAAUAUUACACGCUGAUAAAAAAACCAAUCUCAAUGGCACAAGUUCGGAACAAGCUGAAAAAGGGUUCGUAUGCCCACAUUACCGAUAUGACGGCGGAUUUAUACCUAAUGCUGGACAAUGCUAAGAAAGCAAAUCAACCGAAUCAUAAAAUUCAUAAGGACGCUUUGAAAAUGCAAAAAAUACUGAAUCAAAAACUUAUAGAUUCAGGUGCUGAUUUGGAGGAAAGUGACGAAGAUGACGAGGAAGAAGAUGACACUGAUUCAUCGAUUCCUACUGCUUUGCGCAAAAAAGGUCGUAUAACCUCUGGUCUUAGUUCGUCUGUCGGUACACCGUUAAUUAAAUCGCACAAAAUGCACGCAUCUGCGCCUUUGAAGAGAAAAUUGCUUUUAUUACAUGAAUUUCUUGUCGAUUUCACCUUCGAUAAUCGCCAACCAAUGGGAUUAUUCAUGGAGAAACCAUCAAAAAAGUUGUACCCUGAUUAUUAUCAGGUAAUACAGCAUCCCAUCGAUAUGACAACAAUUGAGAAUAACAUUAAAGCUGACCGUUAUGCUACUAUUGACGAUAUUGUUGGCGAUUAUCGGCUAAUGUUCUCUAAUUGUCGCAAAUACAACGAAGAGGGAUCAAUGAUCUAUGAAGAUGCAAACAUUUUAGAAAAGGCGUUGAACGAGAAGCUUAAAGAGUUUUCAGGCAUAAAUAAAAAGCCAAACGGUCCUACAAAAAUCAUUAAACCGAUGCGCAAAAAUAACUCAACGCCUUUAGAAACCAAACUGAAGCAAAUGUAUGACACGAUACGGGAAUACAGAGAACCCAAACAGAAUCGUCAGUUAUCAUUUAUAUUUAUGAAGCUACCUUCUAAAAGUGAAUACCCUGAUUACUACGAUAUCAUCAAAAGUCCUAUCGAUAUAGAAAAAAUAGAGAAAAAAUUACGACAGCAGGUUUACGAGAGCGUGGAAGACAUGACAACCGAUUUCAUGCUCAUGUUUGAGAACGCGUGUAAAUAUAAUGAACCCGAUUCUCAAAUCUAUAAAGAUGCCCUGUGUUUGCAGCAGUUGCUUAUUCAAACAAAGCAAUCGCUCCGUAGCGACGAAACAGUUCCAAACGUUCAACAGGCCGUUCAAGAGUUGCUAUUGUCCUUGUUCACAUCGUUUUACAACUAUCAAGAUGAAGAAGGCAGAUGUUAUUCGGAUUCUUUAGCAGAACUGCCGGAAUAUGAUGACGCAGAUGGCAAUAAGAUUCGAGCAAUUUCGUUGGAUCUUAUAAAACGCCGAUUAGAUAAAGGUCUUUACAAAAGACUGGACACUUUCCAAGAGGAUAUUUUUAGUUGUCUUGAGCGUGCCCGCAGACUGAGUCGUACUGAUUCUCAGGUUUUUGAGGAUUCGAUUGAAUUACAAUCAUACUUUAUCAAAAAACGAGAUGAGCUAUGCCAUAAUGGACACACUUUAGAAUCGCCUGCUUUGAGUUACAAUGCAAUGCACCUAAGUGCCGCAGUCGAAUCACUACGGCAAGCCAAACUUUUACAAGAAGAAGAAACUGACACGGAUAACGAUGCAGUGCAACCCUCCCAAGGCGAAAGUAUGACCAUCGAUCAUAAAGUAUUUUCGCCGGGAGACUUUGUGUACAUCGAUUUGGUCGAAAAUAAAAUUCCCGGAAUAAUGUAUAUCGAACGGCUGUAUACUACGGCUGACAACGUAAAAAUGAUGGAUGGCCUCAUGCUUCUAAGACCAUUUGAAACGUUUCAUGUUCAAACCAGGAAGUUUAUGGAGCAAGAAGUUUUCAAAAGCGAUCAACGGAUGCAGGUCCCACUUUUCCAAGCUCUUAAUAAAUGUUUUGUAAUGCAGGUGCGAGAGUACGUGAAGUCGAAACCCGAAGGGUUCCCGGAAAAAGAUGUAUUUGUGUGCGAAUCUCGCUACAGUUCAAAGGCGCGGUCGUUUAAAAAACUAAAAACUUGGAAUCUGACGAGGUCAUUUGAUCCUGUUAAGUUGAUUCCCCGUGAAACACCUCUCGUUGUUAAGCGAGUUAUGUCCGUAUUUAAAGAGCGUGUUGAAAAACACAAGGAAGAGCUAUCGGAACUACAGCUUCAGGAGGCGAUCCCAGAGAAGGACAAACCUAAUGUUGUUAUUUACAUGAACGGUUCGGAGGAUGGCAACGUAUACUAUGAACAGUAUAACACGGUUUGUGGAGGUGUAAUUAAAACCGGCGAUUAUGUGUACGUCGCAACGGAGUCCGGAAAACAGUCGAUUUCUCAAAUUACAUCUAUCUGGGAAACCCGAGAUGGAAAAUCGUUGUUUCGCGGACCGUGGCUUCUUACACCACCGGAAGUUCCUGGUACCAUAAGUCGCCUAUUCUAUCGACAAGAAGUGUUGCUUUCUACUAUUCAGGAAACAACAUCCACUGUGGCAAUCGUUGGUAGAUGUGUAGUUCUCGAUCAGAACGAAUAUAUAAGCCGGCGACCAACUGAAAUUGCGGAAUCGGAUGUGUACAUGUGUGAAUCGAUUUUUGAUGAAUUCAAAAAGCAGAUUAGAAAAAUAGUUGCUCCAUCAGGAUUGCGUAAGUUUACUCACAGUCAGAUGGUAACGACGGACGAAGUUUAUCAUUUCCAACGCCCAAUAAACCCUCCAAAGGUUACUGGUGGAGAGAUAGCAUCUAUACAGGACAACAAACCGAACACGGCCAAUGAUGUGAUGGACAUGAAGGACGACUUUGGCAUUAUCGAUGAUUCUAUCGAUGGCCCUUCGUCGAUUGGUUCAGAUACGGUGCUGACGGCAUCGCCACUUCCAUCACAUACGGUUAAUAGCAGCACUUCAACGUCAACUAGCAAAAAAGCUUCAAAACCGGGUAAAAAACUGGUCACUGGCUACUUACUCUACUCAAGUGUACACCGGAAAAAAAUCUGCGCCAGUAAUCCGGAAGCGACGUUCGGUGACGUGUCGCGCAUUGUCGGAAACGAGUGGCGUAAUUUAAGUGAUCAAGAGAAGACCGCAUGGGAGCAGAGAGCUAUCAAAAUCAAUGAAGAGAGCGCAGCAAAGUACGCGGCGGAAAUGGGAGAAUCAAGCUGCCCAAGUCCAGCCACCGUUAAGACAGAGGGCCCGGUCGUACAGGACAUCAUGACCAAUCAUGUGUACGAAUGCUGUUGGGAUAAAUGUGACUAUCAGUUUGAAGACCCGGCAGAAUGCACUGAGCACUGUAUCGGAGAAGGCAAUGGCUGCGUGUAUAAAACGUUCAUGGCCCCAACGGAACAAGAAUUCAUCUGUAUCUGGCGCAAUUGUGUACGCCUUCGGCGUAACAUGCCACCGUUUCCCCACAUUGUCCGUCUGGCAAAGCAUGUUAAAGAGGUGCAUUUGACGAAAAGUAUCAGCAAAUUGGUGCUACCUCAUGAAAGGAGCAAAAAUUAUGUUCCUUCAAAGCGCCAACCAAUGCAGUUGCAAACACCACAAAGCUCAAACAAUACUUCGAUCAACAUCGGUAGCAACAGUAAUAACAGCGCAAUGAUAACAUUGCAACCUAUGGGUACGAAUAUGGUCAAUUUGUCGAUAAACUCAAGUAACAUUGCACAGUCCGCACAGAAUACUAUACUGUCUGGAAAUUCGCAAAUGCAGCCGAUAAAUAAUUUUCAACAGCACCAGCAACAAUCAAACUCAGUGGUGCCUAGCGGAUCUGUUACAUCGCAGACGAAUACCUCUCUUCCAUCGCCCUACUUCAGUUAUGUUUCUGCUCAACCGGCGGAGCCAUUAUUCGUCACUGUGCCUCCACGACCCCAACGAGUUUUGCAUUCGGAAGCGUACAUAAAAUACAUUGAGGGGCUCCAACAAAAGGCGACAUAUGUUACACCUUGGCAGAAAACACUCACCGCAACAAGAGAAUCCAUCCCUAACACAGAUGUCAAUCGGUUGCCUACUCACUGGCUAGGCAAACGAGCGAAAGAUCGCCCAGAGGCCGUGGUCAAUGCUCUUUGGCAACUACGAAACUUCAUGAUGAAGGAAGUUAUUCAGUUUGAUCGAUUUUAGGGGGCAGGUAUGUUAGACACAAAAUUUCUUUCAUAUUAACACAGAUAUUAACAGAUAAGAUAGAGGAAUAUUAAUCUUUUUACAUUUAUGCCUGUGUACGUAUUUAGUACCUACUUUUUAUGAGAAUUCCAUAAGAAAUUUGAAUUUUAUCUAAGA